AUGGGUUCGCUUCGCUUCACAAUAUCUACUCGACUGCUGUCUUCUGAUGAUAUUGUGGAUAGCUUGUGUGACGCUGUGGAUACAUUGAAACCUCAUGCCUAUAUUGCAGAGAGAUACAUUUUCACGCAACGCCUAACGAAAAAGGACCGUGCGAUGGGCUUGGAGGAAACCUUUAGCAACGCGUGCAAGCCUACAGUUGCCUGCAAAGCAAAGUUAUCUCAAUUAACAGAACUACCACCUUCAACCUCCGAAGAACAAUCUCAUUUACUACCUACACUCACAGAACCUUUAACAACUUUACAACCAACUUUAAUUUUUGGAUCAGAGCCGAAUCAAGAAAUUCCUGAUAUUAGUGAACCAAAUCUAAAUGAACAAAACGAUUCAACUGCGGACGAAUCAUUUAUCAGAAUGUCGAGUCAAAUACAACUGAAGAAUCCGAAAUGUCCGAUGCACCGACUCCAAAUAAUAAAAACAAUUCGCCUAGUAGAAAUAAAAGAAGAAGAAGAAGAAAUAACUAUUGAAGAACUUCCGUACCCUAAAAAACCGAAAAUGACAAGUGAGCUGCAGUCCACGGCUGAUGAUGUGGAAGCUAUUGAAUCUAUUAACUCCCAAAAAUACACUCUACUAGAUAAUAUAUGGAUGGUUAGUCAUGCUCUAAAAUUACCUGAUAUACCUAUGUGGUUAUAUAAAGGGUUCCAACAAGGUUGCUUCGGUAUUAAAAGAACGUCCAAGCCAUUUUCAAGACAACCUAUUGACUUGGUGUUGGAGCAAACCAUAAAUGCAGUUGCUGCAAGAAGGCUGACAGGAGUUAUUCAUUUUACUAAUUCGAUUUCGGCACGACAAAGGUGGGCUCGGAACCACGAUCACAGAAGUUCCAAGAGAUCAAUUAAUAAAUAUUUCUUCGGGAAAAUCGACAUCACCACCGGUUGA